GACAGGAUUAGAAAAUCUAAAAGAAAUCGUCUUAACGGCCGCAUAAAUUCUUUUUAUUUUGUUUCGCUUUGCUAAUGAUAAUAAGAUGAGUUUACACACAGUACCGUUAGAUAAAUCAAACUUAUUAAUUUUUCAAUAAUUGAAAUGGCGUGUAUGUUCCGUCGAAUUUAUUGCAAAUAUACGAAGUGCUUAGUGAUAACUGUUUUAUUGGCAUUUUUUGUACAAAUAUUGGUUGCAAUUUGCUUUUUUCCUUCCAUCGAAAAUGAAUCCUUACUUAAAAGAAAAAGUACCUUUGCAAAACAAGAAACUGGUGCUGUAUCUGCUGAAAAAGCAGAUUCCAGAUUAUCAGAUGAUGAGGACCUGAUAUUAAAAGGAAAGCAUCAAACAAUUACACAAUUGAGAUUAGAAGAAUUAGAUUUUAAGCCUCAAUGUGAAAUAAAAAGCAAGGAAGCCAUAUCAGCUAUACACCGUGCUAAAACACAGACAUGUAAACGAGAAAUAGUGAAUAUAACUUGCCUUAUUCAGAAUGAUAAUUUUUAUCCAAAAAUAUUACCAAACAAUUGUCCAGCCAGAAACGCUACUUAUGGAAAAGAGUUAGGUUGUUUUCAAGAUGAGAAAAAGCUGAGAAUACUUUCUAGUUUUUAUGGAAAUUAUGUUAAUUCUAAUACUCCAAUGAAUUGUGUAGAUAUUUGCAUUCAGGCUGGUUUUCCAUAUGCUGGUGUUCAGUAUGGAUCAGAAUGCUUUUGUGGAGAUAAUAUGCCAUCUGCUUCAGCUAAAAUAAAGAAUAAUUUUUGUGACAUGAAGUGCUCUGGAGAUCCCUCCAAAAUUUGUGGGGGAUAUUUUACAAUGAAUGUGUUUGAAACGGGUUUAUCAAAAUUCCUUCCAAGAAUGCCUAAGACUAUUGCAAGUAAUGAAACAUCGUCAGUUCAUAUAGUCUUCCUUUUGACUUUGAAUGGACGUGCUUUGAGACAAGUUAAUCGGUUAAUUAACGUUUUAUACAGAAGCAAUCAUUAUUUUUUAAUUCAUGUUGACAAACGGCAAGAUUAUUUACAUCGUAAACUAUCGGAGUUAGAGGAAAAAUUCCCGAAUAUAAAAUUGGCCUCCCAUCGAUAUUCUUCGAUCUGGGGAGGAGCAUCAUUGCUGCAAAUGCUACUUACAGCUAUGAAGGAUAUUUUCUCCCUUGGCUGGAAUUGGGACUACGUAAUAAAUUUGAGCGAAAGUGACUUCCCUAUAAAGUCAAUAGAACAUUUAGAAAACUUUUUAGCAGCAAAUAAGGGUUUGAAUUUUGUAAAGUCACAUGGUCGGGAGGUCCAAAGAUUUAUAAAAAAACAAGGCUUGGAUAAAUCUUUUAUUGAAUGCGAAACACACAUGUGGCGUAUAGGUGAUAGAAAAUUGCCACGUGGCAUUGUAAUCGAUGGUGGUAGCGAUUGGGUAGCUUUAUCUCCUGAUUUCGUGUCAUAUGUAGUUAACACAUAUGAUGAACUUUUGGCUGGCUUGGAUAUUAUAUUUCGACAUACUCUUUUACCAGCUGAAUCCUUUUUUCAUACUGUACUUAGAAAUUCCAAAUUUUGCAAUACAUAUGUAGACAACAAUUUACACGUUACAAACUGGAAAAGGAAAUUAGGAUGUAAAUGUCAAUAUAAGCAUGUUGUAGAUUGGUGUGGCUGCUCACCUAAUGAUUUUAAAACUGAUGAUUGGCCAAGAAUACAAAACACUCAAGAUAGACAAUUAUUUUUUGCUAGAAAAUUUGAACCAAUAAUCAAUCAGGAAAUUAUAACUAGAGUAGAACAAUUUAUUGGUUACGAUGAUCACUAUUUGAUAAAAAAUCACGAAGCAUAUUGGCAAAGCAUUUAUAACAUAGAUGACUUAACAUCAAGUUCAGAUGAUUUGAUAUUGACUCAUGCUGGGAGCAUAAUGCGGCAUAAUGUAAAAAUUUUACUAGAAGAACGUUGCAAAGUAGAACCAUUUGAAGUUAUUGAAAUGAACGUAUAUAAUUAUGCCGACGUUUAUAAAGGCAAUUUAAUUCUACACAGAGUUCUGUUAAACGGUGGCGAUGAAGUCUUCUUAGAAACGUGGUAUAAACCAAAGAAGCAUUUCGAACAAAACUUAGAGAAUCGUUAUGUUGACAACGUUAAAAUUUUCAGAGUAAGCUCCGAUUAUGAUCAAAAAGAAAUAACGUUUCGUAACUAUGCAAAUAUUUUGGGGCCGUUAUCUGAACCUAAUUUACUUUACCAAUUUUCGCCAGAUAUUGAUAGAAAAGAUGAUAAUCUAACAGUUAUAUGGUUGGACCCUGCUGGCCUAAUAGCCGAUGUAAAUAUCCUACAUGUAGAUGAAAAUAAUUUAACUAAUUUCAUUAAACCUAAUAUAAAAAUUCCGUUACUUCCAGGUAUAUGGAAAGUAGGGUUAUUUGAGAGAACAAACCUGGUAGCAAUAACUAAGUUCUUGAUUACCCCUUUAGAGUAUUUUUCCGGGAAAAAAACGACACGACAAGAAGUGUCGAUAAUUCACAGUGGCUCGCAAAAUUCUUAUAAAAAGUAUUCACAUGUUAAACUAGUAAAUUUUUUACCAAAUGCGGAAGAAAGUUUAUUGUUACAAAAACUUGCUCAUGCUAAUAUUAAAAGAAUAAAUAAUGAUCUUAGAGAAUGGAUAGAUAAUUUAACGUCUGGUUUUUAUACUAUAUUAGGGUCAUGUGUUAGCGCUCUUAAUGACAAUAUAAAAAGCAAAAUAAAAUGUGGCAAUUAUGAAUUCGAAUAUUGCUCUUCAACCAUUUGGAGUUCAUUGUCUCCAGAUCCGAAAGGUACUGUCGGUAAAUUAAACGAGAUGACUGGACGGCUUGAUAGAAUAUGACACAAAAUUGGAUUUACGGUAUAUUAUAUUUAUUUUUUAAAAAACAAAUUAAUGAGUUUCCAUGCAAUAGUUAAGUUUUGUGAAAUUAGAUGACAUUUUUAGUAAAUAGGUUUUUUAAUAUAGGUCUUUGCACACGACGCUUUUAUUUUGAACCAACAACGUGCGUUUUAGACGGGCGUGACCUCUGCUCAUUGAGCAGAUUGUAUGUUUUUAAUUUAGUGACGCAAACUCAAGUGGUACGCCUGUAUGAAGGAUGUAUAGGAUUAGGGUUUCUACGAGAGAUUGUCUUGUUUGAUUUAGAAGGUACAUCGUCGUUUUUAAAAAAACAAUAGCCUUGUUUGUCAAGCAUGUUUUCGAUACAAGCACGGUGCUCUUAUGUAUAAGUUACAAAGUUUACACGCUCUUGAUAAGCGUCUUUGUAUUCAACGCGCGUUAUAAAACGUCGUGAGCAUAGGCCCUAAUAGUAAUAUGUAUCACAGUCCUCAUUUUUUUACUUUUGUAAUUUAUGUACCAUAAUAAUGUUUUACUAAACGGCAACGUUCUCUGUGUAAAUAAUUUGUAAAUAGAUUUUUUUUA